AUGGAUCGAGUGACCCACGUUAUUGACCCAGACGGGGAAGUUAUAAUAGUUCUACAAAAUCCAAAUGCUCCUUUUGCAGAACUAAGUGAAACUCUGACCAGCGACAAUAUUACGUAUCUACUACUGGGACCAAACGAUGAAAUCCAGAAUCCGGCGUUUGAAGCUUUGAGAGGCGAGCCGAUGAAAACGCUCAAAAGGAGGAAGAAGGGGAGGAAGGGAUUUACUUCUGCCUCGCGUGCUGAGCCUACUCCUGAAUGGCCCGCGGCGGAACAACCCGUCGCAGAGCCUGCUGGAGAGCUUAUCGAAGAACCCUCAGAGCCCGCUGCAGAGUCCAUCGACGAACCCUCAGAGCCCGCUGCAGAGCCCAUCGACGAACCCUCAGAGCCCGCUGCAGAGCCCAUCGACGAACCCUCAGAGCCCGCUGAAGAGCCCAUUGAAGAACCCUCAGAGCCCGCUGCAGAACCUGCCGAAGAUCAGGUCACUGAACAGCCUGAGGAACACUGCUACCGCAUCCAAGUUUCCGCGAAGCAUUUAAUACUCGCCUCCUCAGUCUUUAAGAAAAUACUCACUGGUGGUUGGAAAGAAAGCAUUACGUAUUUACAGAAAGGCUCAGUUGAAAUCACUGCAGAUAGCUGGGAUCUUGACGCGCUCCUGAUUAUGCUUCGCAUAAUACAUUGUCAGUCCUACCUAAUUCCGCGGAAGUUGACGCUUGAGAUGCUCGCGAAAGUCGCUGUUUUGGGCGACUACUACGACUGCAGGGAGGCUGUAGUCUUCUUCGCAGACACAUGGAUUAAUGCUCUGGACAACCCUAUUCCCACCACAUACUCGAGAGACUUGAUUCUCUGGCUAUGGGUUGCCUGGUAUUUCCACCUCCCCGCCAACUUUAAAGAAGCCACCUCAACUGCCAUGUCAAUGAGUAACGGCUGGAUUGAUAAUCUCGGGCUUCCAAUUCCCGAUGACGUUAUCAGUAUGGCACAUAAAUCCUCAAAUAUGCUUGACCACUAA